UGAAAAGACAUCGCAAGCGAUGGUCCUUUAGAGAAUUUGAGAGCUCCUACAGGUUAUAAAUCUCGGAAUUGCAAAAUUUCCAACUCUCGGCCUAAGAUUGCACUAACUAAAAGACAAUCACAAUCGCGUGCAUUUGUGCAGGAUUUCAAAAUGCUCGAAGAAUGGAAAGCACUUGGUUUAGUCACCUCUUUGCUUGUAAUACUGUUUCUCACGCGGUCACUUUUGUAUCGAAGUAUUCAGGUAAGUAUUUAUUAUCACUAGUGAAGGUACCUCGUGUAUUUUAUUUUCUUGAUUCCUCCAAUAAUAAUCACUGCCAAACAAUCACUGUCCGACAAAAUGUUUUGAUACACAGCUUGGGUAGAACAGGAGAGUCCAUAACGUACGGUUCACAGACUUUCUAACUGGGGGGCACGAAAGUUUCUCUGUGCAUAAUUUUAAAGACAACUUUUCGUUAAUCUCGAAAUGAAUUACGUCGUCUAAAACUUGGGGGAUUAAAUCAAAAUAGAUCGAUGUUAAAAUAAACGUCUUUCAUAGAGGUCAUGCGCGCCGUGAUCCCGUUUCUGUGCAAAGAAUCGUAGGAACAAAAUAUUCUCAGGAGCCGACUUGACACGACUAGAGGCGACGCGAAAUUUGUAGUAAGCUGAAAAAACCCGGAAUCCGGAAUUCCGGCUGAAUUUAAGACUCCGAAUAUUUUCGAAAACUUCCGAAAAUUUUCCUAGAAAUUUCCGAAGAUUAUCCGAAAGUCUGUUUUUGUUUUUCAUUCAAAUGAAGUAAUUUUGUUAUUUAAAGUGAUUAAUCGGCACCGUUGAUACACCCAAGAUUUUUACAAAUACUUCUAAAAAAACUCCGAAGAUUUUCCGAAUAUUAUCAAACAUUACCCGAAAUAUCCGUGUUUUUCUAUUCUCUAAAAUUCGCUUUUUGACAAAAGCUUAACCAGUUUUAUGGAACGAAUGUUUCAAUGAACGUUCUCAACAAAAAGUGUUGGCGAGCGUCAUAACGCUUUGCGUUGAUUGAAAUGCGAUACUAUUUAUUAAUACAUAUCAAACUCAUGGGGUACAAAUAGUCUUCACAUGAAUAUAGUGACCACGCCCACUUCAACGCCCCACUCAAAUCGAGUGUAAUUUUCGAACAUUUUACCAUCGUGCGGAUUCUCUACGGAAAAAGCACUCAAUGUACCUCUGAAAUAUUAAACUAUAAUAUUUUGGCUUCCUAUUUCGCUAAUUUUCUAACUUGAAGGUAAAGUUUUUCCCUCGUCAUUUUAACCUUUUCUCCGAGCGGUUACGUGAAAUUAACAAGGCGUUUUUGUUCAAAACACAACCGAGCGAAGCGUCUCGGGCGAUAUCCCUUUUACGCGAGCGCAAUUUAAAAAUGUACCGCCAGAAUCAAAAAGAGGAACAAAUUUCCUUUGUUUUGAUAUGUAAAGUGUCGAACAAAAAGCAGAUUUACCCUCGUCAAAUGGCGUUUCAAAACAGCUGUAUCUUCCUCCUUUUGAUUUUUUCCUGUUUUGUGAGCGUGAAAGCAGUAGGAGAGGGAUCGGGAAACUCAGAAAGCACUUCGGGAAUUAAUCUGCCAUUGUUUACUUACGAGAUAAACAAGUAAGAUUUGCGAAGUUCAUCGCAGUAUGAAGUCUAAAUAAAUGCCUUUUUUAAGCUUGUUCGCUGGAUUUUUCGUAAACUUCCCUAAUUAAGUUUUCGUUUCAGCUUACUAAUCUAUACUAUUUCAAAGCAAAGAAGUUUUCAGAGAAAACCAUGAGUCGGUCCUUUCAAUAAUUGUAAACAAAGUGUUUGAGCAAUCAGGUAUACGAGGUAUAAUAAUCAAUAGCCAUAUAUCAGAAGUCUUCAGAAAGAAAAUAGUCUGUUUUCAGAAAGCUGUCAAGAAAGCUAGUAAUCGUGACAAUUAAAUGCACUUCUUAGCAAUUUGGAAACGGGCCCUCGGUAUCGAUUUAAGGUGUAUUAAAACGAGGUUAAUGUACAUCAGCUUAAAGAUGAGAACAGCCAGUUGAGGGGAGAAAAAAUUAAAUUAGAAGAAUCGUUGGUACAGGAGAAGGCAAAGCGAUUGCGAGUGGAUAAAAAAGCCCGAGAAGCUAUCGAGAAAGUUGAGAAGAAAGGGGCCUUCUACGAUAAAAAAUUUAUUCAGUUGGCCAAAAAAGUGAUAACAAAUGGGAAAAAAGGUAGAGGCCCAGCUGAGAAGAAGUUAAAUGACUAUUCUAAUUUGGUGCUAGAACUGCCACUGAAAUAGCAAGGUUUUCCACUGGAAAGAAAUUAAACUGUAAGGCACAACCAUUAUUUGAUUUUAUACCUAUGGACCAUGUCAUCAUAGAUACAUUACAUUUUUUUUCUGAGGAUUUCAGAUGUUUUGAUUGACUUGUUCAUAAGAGAGCUGAGAAGAAGUGAUGCUAUUGAGAGAAAAAAAACCUCUGAUGGAUUCCCAAGGGAUAAAUACAAACACAUGGCAUGUUAUGAAGAAUUUAUCAAAAGUAUGGGAAUCACUUUUAAUUUUAGAAUCAACAAAGAGAGCAAAAAGCUGGAAUAUAGAGAUCUUACUGAACCAGAAAAGUUGAAACUCUUUCAGAAUAUAAACAUUCCGACCUAUGCUUGUCCCUCAUUACAGUCAAAACAAAGACAUACAAGUGAUCUGGGCUAAAUUUAUGGACAUAAUUGGUGAUUUGAAGCUAGAUUUUACAUCUGAAGAGGGUAUUCUUGAACUGCAAAGAAAUAUCAAAUCAUGGUUUGAGCACUUUCUCAAAGUUUACCAAGCAAAAGAUGUCACUCCCUACAUGCAUGCACUAUGUUAUCAUGUUCCAGAGUUCCUGUCACUUUAUCAGAACAUAGCAUAUUACACACAGCAAGGCUUGGAAAAAUACAAUAGUAGAGCUUCUAAAGAUUUCUUCAGAUCCACAAAUCACAAAGGGGUUGAUGCCCUCAAACAACUGUUUCUGAAGAAAAACAGGAUUUAGUUCCUGGAGGCAGCCGGUUAUGAAAGGGUUAAGAACACCUACAACGAUGAGCUUGUAUUCAAUGAUUGGACUUCUUAGUCCCAGCCAAUACUUAAUAGUUCCUGGAAUUACAUAGGCAAAAUCUUCAGCUACAUUUAAAAUUCUUUCAUCCCACUUCAGCCCCAGAUAUGAAUCAAGCACCCUAUUUGACUCCAAUUGGUAAACCAUCUUCCCUCUUUGAAGAACGCCGAGAAAAACACUCCCAAGACCUUCCAUGAAAAUAUCUUGGUCAACAUUAAGGUCUAUGUUUAUAUCAGGGUCCUCUCGCCGUCCAGACCAAAGCUUUUUCUUUAUUUCACGAGCAAGUUGGCCAUGGGACGAUUCUUUUCUAUCCUCUAGAGAGUUUUCCGAGGGAAUGAACAGCUUUUGGCUGUGAACAAACGGAAAAUAUCCAGAUCCUCUAUCGGCCCUGAAGGGUGUCCAUUCAUCGAAGCAUGUGCUAUAGCCAACGUAAUGAAUUUUCAACCUCUCUUGUUGAUUUUGUCAACCUCCCUGACCUCAAUAUCAUACAGUUUUGUAUCUCUCUAUCGUGGAUUCGUCUUUCUAACGGGGGUGUAUGUUAAGUAUUUAUUGCAAAAUCGCUUUGCUUUUUUUAUUUCCCUCUUUGACCUAUCCGCCAUAUUGAAAAUUCGCAUUGGAGAGCAUGCGCAUUACGUAGGGUUAGUGGUCGCGUACACCUGGAACCGAGAAAAACAAAUGUUCGUCGCGCUGGGGAAAGAGUUUGAUAUGAUGCCUUAUUAGAUAAAGUCAUUUGCGGCGAGCGGCAAACCUCAAAAAAAAUAAAGCACUUUUACCUAGCAUAUAUAGCUUAGCCGUUUGUAAACCAAAGAGGAUAACUGGAAAGUGAGUAUAAUCAAAGGUCAUUAUUUUUUCAUUUGACCUUACGGGAAAAGGAACACCCUCCGACCCUAAAGUCCCUUAGAUUAGUAGUUCAUCUCAAAUCACGAUUUGAAAAUUGCUGGCAAAAACAACAAAACAGGAAACUCAGUCACGCUUAAUAUGUUGACAAGCAGCGGAGGAAAUUUAAGAGUUGGUCAGCAAAACAGACAUUAUUUCUUUUCAACGUUUUUCAGCGACUUCAGGCUGACGGUGAAAAAGCGAGGAGAGCCACAGGAACGAGAUACGUGCGAGAGGCGCGCGUGGAAGAACGCGUGGCGGGGUGAAAGGGUGGGCGCGUGGCUCAUUUAUUCCGUGCGUGAAUAGGAGACCAUAACUUGUGACUCGAGAGGAAGAUGGCCUGGCUCUUUUAUUCCACGCUAGAGGAGGAGUGUUCCUCAAGUUUCCUAAGCCUUCGCCCUAACGCUUUUAUCUUCACUCGCCUAAUAAAAAGCUAUGUAAGUGUGUACUCAGUUUUACCCGCUUGAGUUAUCUAUAUAUUUUAUUGUUUGAAGGUUGCACUAGUUUACUGGCGAGUCCCAUGGAAAAAUGCCAAAGGAGAACGAAUGCGAGGAGAAUUACCACACCUACCUUACGGGCACUUUCACCGAGUGAAUUUCUUUGGUCGACCGUUGUCCAAGAUACACGGCCCAAUUUACUACAUCUGGCAUUGUCUGACACCAGUUGUGUAAGUAUCUUUUGGUUCAUUCCAUUCCUAAAUUUCCAAACCUCAUUACAAGAGGUGCAAUCACUCGUUCCUCUGCAGGGGUACACCUGGAUUGUAAUCUUAAUUAUGGAGACACGAAAGGACUGCCGAUAAUUUUUCAACCAAUACACAGUUCUUCAAAGGAAGAAUGAGUUGAUUAAAAUGCAGUUGUGCUUUGUAAAUCACCAUUUCCAAGACUGGUUUUCAGAAAUGAAAACAAAAACGUGUCGAAAUGCGUUAAUUGGUAGUUUCAGGUGUCUCUGAUUUAUAUAACAUUCAAUCAUGACAAAACUGGUUUAUUAAUGCUCGGCCCUACUGCUCGCCAUAUUUGGAAAUGAGCCGUUAAGAUGUCUACUGAAAAUAUUUGUAACGCCUUUACCAGGAUCUCUCAUUAUUUAUCGCCUGGGGCAGGCCAGAGGAUUUUGGUUGUGUCAUAAUACAAUUUACCUAAUGACCCCUUAUGCUCUCUCAUUGGCGGUCUAUUGUUCCUCCUUUAUACUCUGCUGGCUACGACUGAUCCCCUCUCCGUUUCCCCUAAAAACCAUGUAUCUCUCCCUUAAAAUCUCCCAACUACCCCCCCCCCCUUCUCCAAGAAAUAAAUCAUGACUGGGCUCCAAACAAUUUCCUCCGAACUCAUGAGGAUGUCUCGUAAUGCAAAAACUUCGUUGCGUGACAGCUCGCUUGAUAGCUCUCUUGAGCCGAUCUAGCCGUAUAUACUUUUUAGUCUGGAGUCUGGAGUCGAGGAAAUUCGUUCUUACGACUAAGAUGCAUAACUUUUCCGAAAAAGCUAGACUUAGUGCUUUAUAUGUAUGUAUUUUUUAUCAUACAUCGAUCAAGAACUCAUGGUCUUUUAUUUUCUUAUAAUAUCCUCGCAGGAUCUUAGCUGACGCAGAUGCCAUUCGCUCGUUCUAUACCGACCACUACUCGCACCAGCGCGACCGAGAUUUCACCUGCCUCGGCUCCGUUUUCAAAGACAUUUUAGGAAAUUGCUUGGCAACCAGCCACGGGCGUGACGAGGUGCGACGAUGCCGCGGCCCUUUCGAGAAAUACUUCUCUUCCAGUGCUGUUUCGGCCACUCUGCGUACGAUUGGACGAGAGUGUACCACAUUCCUAAAUUCCUUACCAGUUGGUAGGCCGGUGGAUCUUCAAAAGGAGGGUCUUGCCAACGUCACACUUCGUGUACUUGUGCAAGUCGUCUACGGAGAAGAAGUCCUACAAAAAUAUUUCCAACGUAUCAUGGAGGUCAGUGAUUUGCUUCAGGAUGCCGUCAAUCGGUUUAAUGUGGGUGAAACCAGGCUGCCAUUCUACUCCUAUGUUCCGAGUAAGGUGAACAAGACGGCUCAGGCCUUCAACGAAGCAUGGGAGGCGUUUAACCUUUUCUUGUUUGAAGAAUACGAGGAGGGACGACUCAGGUCUAAUGAUGGAUUAUUCUUUAUCAUGAUGGAACAACUGAAGACUCACGCACUCGACUUGGGAGAGCAAGAGGUAGACGAAAGGUCUUCCUUUAUUUUAUUGAUUCAUUUAUUAUCAAUUCUUCAAUCCUUUUCUGAUCCUUUAGUCCAUCAUUCCGUUAGUCCGUUCAUUUAUAUUCCUUCAUUUCCUUCUUUCCUUCCUUCUUUCCUUCUGUCAUUCAUUCAUUCAUUCGCUCAUUUGCUCGUUAGUUUGAUCGCUCGUUCGAUCUAUCCCCCGUUUGAUCGCUCGUUCGAUCUAUCCCUCGUUUUUUCGCUCGUUCGUUCAUUUAUUUAAUUAUUUCAUCCAUUUAACUUCCGUCCUAUCUCAACAACAAAGGCCAAAAAUAAAUUUUAAGAAGAGAAAAAAAACCCUUUCCGUACUCACUUCUGUCUUUGUUAUAUCUGGCACAGCUAUUUCAUUCUGUGAAUGAAAUCCUGCUCUUGAAUAUUGACGUCAGCUUCGCUGCCACUUCGUUUGCCUUGGCCGAUCUUGCUCGUUACACUUCCGUUCAAGAAAUAGUUCAACAGGAAGUAGACGAUAUAUUAUUAGGGGCUGACCCGAGUUCAUCUGAGGACCUGGAUAACAAGCUACCUUACAUGGAGAUGGUUCUGAAAGAAAGUGCCCGGAUGAACCCAGCAUUGGCGCUUAGUCUCCCUGAGAGAACAGUGAAACCUGUCACCGAUAUUGGAGGUUAUCAAAUUCCAAAAGGGGUGAGGAACAUCUUAAAAAUUCUUUCAUGUGCCAGCUAUUUUCCUCUCCCUUGGCUCCCUGAAAGGCGAACAGGCGAUCCUUAGUAGAGAGUCGGAGGGAUAGUCUCGUACCCAGACCCUCCACGGCUAAGCGGUUGUGAGGUCCUUAUAUUUAAGUUACGCGGUAGGAUCUGGGCACGAGAUUUGUGAAAAGAUUCACCAUAUGUUACUGAACUGAUGAUUGGCCCUAAAUCAGUGUUAAUGAAACGUGAAUAUUUCAAUUUCCUUACAGUUAAAAAAGCUGAAAUUCAUUUUUAUUACAAGAUCUCGCAUUUUCUGCCUAAUAUAAUUUUGAAAUCUGAGUCCUUUGCCGGGUUCCUAGAGAGCUGGGUGCAAGCGAUUUGAAGCAAUGCGCGCGAACGAGGAACACGCGGAUAAAAAUUACUCCUCGCGUGUUUACAUUACCUCACGCGAGUACAAUGCGUUGCCUGCGCAUUUAAACUAACAAAAACUGACGUAGCCCUUUUAUCUCAUUAAACAGACUCCCGUUUGCGUGGAUACCCAUUCACUGAACUUUUCCGAGAAGUAUUGGAGAAACCCUGACAAAUUCGACCCCAGUCGCUUCGCGAACGGCGCAAGACCAGUGCCAGGCUCUCUCUUCCGCUUUGGUAUGGGUCCAAGGAAAUGCUUGGGUUAUCGGUAUGCCCUGGCAAUCACCCGAAUAGUUGUUGCUUCUGUUUUACAGAGGUACAAUCUCCAACUUGCCAAUCCUAACGCUGCAAGGCGUGUGAAGACCAAAGGAAUGACUUUCUUCACACCUUUUCUUUGUCCAGAGAUAAUAUUCAACGAGAGACUUAAAAACAAUGCUUGAACUUUAAAGUCGAGUUCAGCUCACGGACGGUCAGAUUUCUUCCCCGAAUGAUUUUGAUUUUCCUGAUAGUCUGUC